AUGCCUUCGGCACCCUGUCAUCAUCCGACGAGAGCAAUGCCUUCGGCACCCCGUCAUCACCUUCGGCACCCUGCCAUCAUCCGACGAGAGCGAUGCCUUCGGCACCUCGUCAUCACCUUCGGCACCCGGCCAUCAUCCGACGAGAGCGAUGCCUUCGGCACCCCGUCAUCAUUUGACAUAUCGAUGCCUUCGGCACCCUGUCAUCAUCCGACGAGAGCGAUGCCUUCGGCACCUCGUCAUCACCUUCGGCACCCUGCCAUCAUCCGACGAGAGCAACGCCUUCGGCACCCCGUCAUCAUUCGGCACCAUCGACACUACACUACUUGGAAGAAGACUAAAGUGUUGCUCGGUCAAUGCACUGAAAAUUGCAAGUCCUCAACCAAGGAGUACCUCCUUGCUCGAGAACUUGGGGGACUUCUGUUUAUACCAUAUUUGACCAAGCAACUAGAAGCAUCUAGGCAAAGCAAAGAGUCCCACAUUGGAAUAUUACAAGAAGUGAAGGCUCCCCCUCACCUAUAA